AUGAAAGUCGAAAAGCUUGAUCCGGUAGAUAGAAUCAUUCUCCAUGUUGAUGAGAUAAAAGAUGCGAAAAAAUUCAAUGCAAUGAACUCAACACCUCAAUGGCCCUUUACAUUAUUAGUCAGUAGUCACACCAAUUCGGGAAAAACUAACGAA